AUGAUAUUUCAACAAAUUCUGAUAAUAGUAACCUUGUGCAUCCCACUACCGUCUUAUCAACAUUUCGUUUGGCCAUUGAAUAUGUGCGUUGAGGCGGAUAUUUGCAAUCACACUUGGAUUCCAGAAUGUGGGAAGGAUAUUAACACAGGGGAGAUGAGGCUUUUUAUAGACGAAUGCGAUGUAUUUGAAUACAACUGUGACUAUGAGAAACGUUUCGAGCCAGUAAACUAUUCCGCUUGUUUUGUUUACCAGGUAGGUGGUUGUCCGACUCAAGCCCCGUGCCCUUCAAAUCCAACUUGUCCAAAUCACAGAUUCCACAGGGCUGGAGAUCAUUACAUAUAUAUUACUCAAGCAAGAAGAAUGUUGCAUGCGUCACGUGGCUACCCAACGUUAAAAGUCUCGCUACCCCAUCACAUGCUACACGGUAAAAGAAGGUACACCCCGAUACCCAAACACCGGAGGAAAACAGCGAAAAAGCCGCAAAUGGUCACGAAAAAGAUGACCCAGAAAAAAUGCUCUUACUCAAUGACAAACGACAUGAAGAUACCACAAACAAAUAAGAUAACAAAGACAAAAAUAAAUAAAAUGACGAAGCCGCAAACGAAAAGCAAACAGCAGACGGUAAUUCUAAGAAAGGAAAUUGUUAUUAGGAAUGGCAAUAGGUGGAUUAAGGUUAUUAAAGGGAUUCCGACGAAAGCCAUGAAUACUAAAAGUAAUAAGAUCAAAGAUGAUUCCGAUUUCCUGGAGUAA